UACAAAUCUCAACGCUCUAUGCUCCGUUACCUUCUACUGAAAAUUAAGCCCAGUACUACAUCAAAUCAUUUGCAUGUCUUGAAACAUAUUGUUUACAAUAUUCACGAAACCUAGUCACCAAUUUGCCAAAGUACAUCUAUUUUUUCUUCUCAAUGGCACCUCAUGGAGAGACUAUUGGCAGUUCCAACAUUCGAACAAAAAACCUUAGUCAACCACCUCGACUCUCCAACGACAGCCUAAAAAGGACAAUGUCCGAAAUUUCAUACGAGUGGAUGAACAAUGAAGUCGAUAUUGAUUCAAAUCCACCUCCAAUUUCCGAAGUAGAAAACGCGAAAUGUGAGUGUUGUGGGAUGAGCGAAGAGUACACUUCUGAAUACAUUGGUCAAAUUCGAAAAAAGUACUCAGGCAAGUGGAUAUGUGGGCUUUGUGCUGAUGCAGUAAAAGAAGAAGCCCAAAAGAAUGGAGGAAAAAAUGAAGAAGCAUUAAGUACACAUAUGAGUGCUUGUCAUAAGUUUAACAAAUAUGGUAGGGCUUAUCCAGUACUUUAUCAAGCUGAGGCUAUGAGAGAAAUGUUGAAGAAGAAUACAAAGGAAAUUAUGAGGGCCAAAUCUAUUAGUCCAAGGGACAGAACUAUGAAUCUGAAGAAGGGUGGAAUAACAAGAACCAAUAGUUGUAUUCCUGCCAUUACUAAAGAAAUGAGUGACCUUAAUGUAGUAACCUGAUCGAUUAGACGCUUCCUUGAGUUGUAAGUCUUGCAAUAACGUCUGUACUUCGAGCAUCUUUUUUUUUUCUUUUUC